AUGCGUUGCUCGAUUUUCAGUCUUGCGUGCCUUGUCACAUCUGCUGUGGCAUCCUCUCCGGUUACUUCCAAUGUGUCAAAAGUGCAUGAAGAGACUCGCUCUCUUGAUGAGAUACACAAGGCUGCCCUCGCUGAAGGGGGCGUCGUUACGCUUUGGCACGGGGGCGACGAGGCGAAUCAGCAGAGUUCCCUGAAGACUGCCUUCGAGGCUCGCUUUCCCGGUAUGACUCUCAACGUCACCGUGGACCUCUCCAAGUACCACGAUGGGAAUCUUGACCAGCAAAUCGCGGAUGGCAACGUUCAGGUCGACAGCAUCAUUCUCCAGACGCUGCACGACUACCCGCGAUGGAAGGAGCAAGGCGUCUUACUUAAUUAUGCACCGGCCAAUUUCGGCAAGGUCCAUGGCAGCUUCAAAGACGCGGAUGCGGCGUACAUGGGCUUACUCAUCUUUGCUUGGGGAUUGAUCGCGAACGUGAACAAGACAAACACCGUGCUGGCCGAAUAUCCCGACUUUCUCAAACCAGAAUUCAAGGAUAAGCUCGUUCUCACGUACCCAAACGACGACGAUGCGGUUCUGUACCAAUUCGACCUUAUUAUCCAGCAAUACGGCCUAAGCUGGUUUGAUGCCCUCCUAGCUCAAAAUCCUCGUUGGGUCCGUGGCACCGAAACACCAGCGACGUUAAUCCGCUCGGCCAACAGCUCCAGCGUCGCCACGUUCACCUCAGGCAUCAGCCUACCCCUCCCAGCUGGCAACACGUUGCCCACCCAAGGAGAAUUCGUUUCGUGGCCUCAGACAGGAGCCAUUCUCAAAAAGGCACCUCACCCGGAAGGCGCAAAGUUGCUCCAUAACUUCCUCCUCAGUACUGAGCAUCAGACUACCCAGGGUUGGAGCGUGAGAGACGAUCUUCCAGCACCGGCGGGACUCUCUAAGAUCUGGGAGCAAGAAGGCACAAACAUAACCGGCUUUGGUGCAUGGAUGAGCGACCGAGCGAACGUUGAGAGGAGGAAGUAUUGGUAUGAGAAUAAGAUUGGAACAGCACAAGGAUUAAGCCCCCUUGUGGAUGACUUGUGA